AUGGUGUCGCAAUGGAUGGUUGCCUUGGCAGCCCUCUUUCUGCUGGAGGCUGUCAUCAAUGUCAAAGGGGUGUCCAUUGUAGACAGACAUUUUGGAAUGCGACAACUGCUUCAGGCUGACAACCUCUGCCAAUGGAUUUCGGAAGAAGGCAUAUGCAGUCCAGCAAUCAUUCCAAGGAUCCCAGACCAAAGUCUUCUGAAAAAAGUAGUUCCUACGCUUUGUGUGCUACAGCAAGACAAGGAAGAGUGUGACGAACUAGGAAAAGCAUGCCGGUGGACGGGUGGUGUAUGCAAGCCCAGGACAUUGGACCACCUUGGGGAGUGCCUGGAUCGGGAGUAUUUCUUGUUCCAAAAAGGAUCACGGUGCCAGGAGGAUACUCCAGAAUUCGAUGACUGCAACAAUGAAGAGGCCUGCACAUGGGAUAGCCGAAAGGGGGAAUGUGCACAGAGCCCUGCAAUUGUGGACGAGAUUCUGGACAAUGUGGACAGCAUAGUUGCAGGAGAGCUGCAGACCUUGCUUCGGUGCUCUGGAUCUACUCGACGGUCAGCAUGUACAGGCGAUUGCCAGUAUAACUUGCAAGCCGGAGUCUGCAACUACCCGCCUUUCUUUGACGAGUCCAGAUUCUUUGACAAAUCCAAAUCCAGGUCCAUACCUAUUUGCAAGUUCUUUCGCGACGUCAAGAAGUGUGCUGAAAGCAAGGAUUGCGAGGAAGCGAAAUGCCAGAGCACUGAACAAGGUUGCUUCGUUAAUGACGAGGCGAUCAUCGACAGUUUGUAUGAGUCAGACCCAGACCUUCAGGGGCAGAUGAAGGCAGCCGCCCGUGAUUGCCCAUUCAUUGAAUCUGAAGAAGACUGCAUAGCUUACGAGGCGUGA